UCUCUCGCGAGGAGCUUCUCGAGAAGUGGCGGGAGCAGCAGCUAUGGAAGCGCUGGAGAAAGACGCACAGGUUGCUGCAUGGUUGAAAAAAGUAUUUGGAGAUCAUCCCAUUCCAAAAUAUGAGGUGAAUCCACGGACCACAGAGAUUUUACAUCACCUUUCAGAACGCAACAGGGUCCGGGACAGAGAUGUUCACCUGGUAGUAGAGGACUUGAAACAGAAAGCAAGUGAAUAUGAAUCAGAAGCCAAGCAUCUGCAAGACCUUCUCAUGGAGAGUGUGAAUUUUUCCCCAGCCAGUCUCUCUUGCACUGGUUCUAGGUAUCUGAACACUUUGGUUGACAGUGCAGUGGCCCUUGAAACAAAGGAUACCUCGCUGGCUAGUUUUAUCCCUGCAGUGAAUGAUUUGACCUCUGAUCUUUUUCGUACCAAAUCUAAGAAUGAAGAAAUCAAGCUUGAAUUGGCAAAACUUGAAAAAAAUCUUACUGCAACUUUAGUAUUAGAAAAAUGUCUACAAGAGGAUCUCAAGAAGGCAGAAGUGCAUCUGUGUACGGAAAGGGCCAGAGUUGAUAAUCGUCUUCAGAACAUGGACUUCCUAAAAGCAAAAUCAGAGGAGUUCAGAAUUGGAAUCAGAGCUGCAGAGGAGAAACUUUCAGCCAGAGGCAUGGAUGCUUCUCUGUCUCAUCAAUCACUGGUAGCACUUUCAGAGAAACUGGCAGAACUAAAACGACAGACUGUACCUUUGAAGAAAAAAUUGGAGUCCUAUUUAGAUUUAAUGCCGAAUCCAUCUCUUGCUCAGGUGAAAAUUGAAGAAGCAAAGCGAGAAUUAGAUACCAUUGAAGCUGAACUUACAAGGAAAGUAGACAUGCUGGAACUGUGACCAGAACCAAAGUAAAUUAAAUAGGACUUUACAGAAUUAUUUCCUCUUGGCAUUCCUUAAUAACUUAAUUUCUGUGUUCUUAGAUGAGAUAAUAAUGUCAUUAUUGAUAGGAUAGUUGUUUCUAAUUAUGUUGCAUUUUUGUGCCCGCAUACAUCGUUUUCAUAUUAAAAAA